AUGGAUGACUCAAGUGGAGCAAUGAUUAAGUUGACAUCAUCCAACUACUCUAUUUGGAAGCCACGGAUGGAGGAUAUUUUGUUUUGCAAGGAUCUCUAUGAGCCAAUUGAAAAUGGCAGCGAGAAGCCGGAAGACAAGACCGAGAAGCAAUGGGAGGUCUUGCAUAGAAAGGCGGUGGCAAUCAUUCGACAAUGGAUUGACCAAAGCAUCUUUCAUCAUGUUGCAAAAGAUACAAGUGCAGAUGAAUUGUGGCAGAAAUUGGAGUCCAUGUAUGAGAGGCAAUUGGCUCAAAAUAAAGCCUCACUCAUUCGAAGAAUUGUGAACUUGAAGUACAAGGAUGGGCAUAGUGUCUCGGAGCAUUUGAGUGACUUUCAAGGCCUUGUGAACCAGCUAACUACUAUGAAGUUAGCACUUGAUGAUGAAGUGCAAGCAUUGUUACUUCUCAGUUCUUUGUCGGAUAGUUGGGAGACUUUGGUGGUCUCACUUAGCAACUCAGCACCUAAUGGCAAGUUGACGAGGGACAAUAUCAUGUUGAAUGAAAAGGCAAGGAGAAAAGAGUUGGGGAUUACAUCAGAGUCACAUGCUUUGGUGGCGGAUAAUUCUGGAAGUCGUGGAAGAAGUAGAAAUCGAAAUUUCAACUUCAAGAACUCUCAGAAUCGAAGUAACAGCCGAGGGAGAUCAAAAGGGAGAUCAAAAUCAUUGUCAAGACAAAGAGGAGAAAUCACAUGUUAUCAUUGA